AAAAACCACAAGAACCACAAGCAAGAAACAAGCGGUGCUCAUCAGGCAGCCGUCAGAAAGACUCUGAUUAAGACUUCAGUAAAAAAAGCAACUAAUCGAAAUGGCAGAUGUGGCAGUCGCAGCUCCCGCCGAGAAGAAGGCACCUCCCAAAUUCAAGCAGAGGACCGUCCGCACCUUCAAGAGCAAGGCGCCUAAACCAGGCCAGAAGGGAUUCGGAGACGACAUCCCUGGCAUGGAGGGUCUCGGCACAGACAUCACAGUGAUCUGCCCAUGGGAAGCCUUCGGUGACAUGGAGCUCAGCGACCUGGCGAAAUAUGGAAUUAUUUAGCCGUCUUCCCCUCCGCCUUCACCCCCACUGCUACCAUUUUCCCUCGUGUAUUCCAACUGUUGACUGCGCGGCUGAACAUUUCGUCCUUGUGUAUUCUAGAGAAGAGGCUGCUUUCCAUUAUUUAGAGGUCUGACCUGGAAAAAGAGAAAUCUCUCUCGUCUCAUGGACUUUAUCUUCCCCUGCCUUUCCACCAAUUCAGCAUUGUCUUCAAAACAAGUGGUGUCAGCACGCA